CGCUGCCACAGAGCCGCAGCAGUUGAGAGACAGACAGACACACUGAAGGACAGAGACAGCCUGAGUUAACAGCAACCGACUUCAGCACUUCCUUAAACACCGCUGAAGAUUUCUGGAGCCGAACAGUCGGUGAAGCCGCUGUUUAAGAAGCAAACCCGGUAAAAACUCGCGACAAACAAGAAGACAGUGUCCAGCUCAGCGGAAGAGGAGGCUUAGGUGAGUGGUCACCAUGGCACCCUUCCUGCGAAUCUCCUUUAAUGCUUAUGAUGUGGGCGCUCUGCCUCCUCUGUCUGAACCUCCCAUCUGUGCCAUCAAGAUGAAGGAGUCUGUCAACACUGAGCGAGGAAAGACCUUGGUCCAGAGGAAGCCAACCAUGUAUCCAGCAUGGAAGUCCACUUUUGAUGCUCACAUCUAUGAGGGGCGCGUUCUAGAAGUGGUCCUCAUGCAGAGCGCUGAGGAGCCAUUGGCCAAGGCCACAGUGGGCGUGUCUGUACUUGCAGAACGCUGUAAGAAGUCCAAGACCAACGGUCGUGCUGAGUUCUGGGUGGACCUGCAUCCUUCAGGAAGGGUCCAGAUGGCUGUACAAUUCUUCCUGGAGGACGCUGAUGCAGCGAUAAGUCAAGCAUCGGUGAAGGUUUCUCCUGAGGAUGGACUCACAACCCUUAACAGGAGGAGAGGAGCAUUCAAGCAGCCCAAGGUUCACGUCAUCAAGAACCACGAGUUCACCGCCACAUUCUUCGGCCAGCCCACCUUCUGCUCUGUCUGCAAAGAGUUCGUCUGGGGGCUCAACAAGCAAGGUUACAAGUGCAGACAAUGCAAUGCGGCAAUCCACAAGAAAUGCAUUGACAAAAUCAUUGGCAGGUGCACUGGGACAGCGGCCAACAGUCGUGACACUAUGUUCCAGAAAGAGCGCUUCAAGAUUGACAUGCCGCAUCGCUUCAAGCACUACAACUAUAAGAGCCCCACUUUCUGUGACCACUGUGGUAGUCUGCUGUGGGGUCUCUACAAACAGGGCCUUAAAUGUGAAGACUGUGCCAUGAACGUACAUAGUUACUGUCAGACAAAAGUGGCCAAUCUGUGUGGAAUCAACCAGAAACUACUGGCAGAAGCUCUGUCUCAAAUCAGCCAGAAAUCCAUUAAGAAGAGCGAUGACUCCAAUGCACCAGACAUUGGGAUCUAUCAAGACAUCAACAGUGCAAAAGCAGACCCUAGUGCAGAUAAAAAUGGCAAGCUGCGUGAUGGCUCAAGCCCCGCCCCAGCCACACCUUCAGUCCCCCGGGUACGCCUCAACAUGAACCACCUGGUAUUCCACAAGGUGCUAGGAAAAGGCAGCUUUGGCAAGGUGCUGCUGGCAGAGCUGAAGGGGCAGGGCCAGUACUAUGCUGUGAAGGUUCUGAAGAAGGACGUCGUGCUCAUGGAUGAUGAUGUGGAGUGCACCAUGGUGGAGAAGAGAGUCCUGGCCCUCGCCUGGGAGAACCCCUUCCUCACACACCUCUACUCCACGUUCCAGUCUAAAGAGCACCUCUUCUUUGUAAUGGAGUACCUGAAUGGAGGUGACUUGAUGUUCCACAUCCAAGACAAAGGCCGCUUCGAUCUCAACAGAGCCACAUUCUACGCUGCUGAGAUUAUAGUGGGACUGCAGUUCCUCCACUCCAAAGGAAUUAUCUACAGAGAUCUGAAGCUGGACAAUGUGAUGCUGGACAAGGACGGACACAUAAAGAUAGCAGACUUUGGCAUGUGCAAAGAGAAUGUGGUUGGAGACGCCAGAGCCACCACAUUUUGUGGGACCCCAGACUAUAUCGCACCAGAGAUCCUGCUAGGACAGAAGUACACCUUCUCAGUAGACUGGUGGUCUUUCGGUGUGCUGGUGUAUGAGAUGCUGAUCGGUCAGUCACCUUUCCAAGGCGACGAUGAGGAGGAGCUGUUUGAGUCCAUCAGGUCGGACACCCCUCACUACCCUCGGUGGAUCACCAAGGAGGCCAAGAAUCUGAUUGAACUGUUGUUUGAGCGAGAUCCCAGUCGCAGGUUGGGCGUGGUGGGAGACAUCCGCACCCAUCCAUUCUUCAAAACCAUCAACUGGCCAGCACUGGAGAGGAGAGAAGUGGAUCCUCCCUUUAAGCCCAAAGUGAAAUCCCCCAGUGACUGCAGCAACUUUGACCGAGAGUUCCUGAGUGAGAAGCCGCGGCUCUCCCAUGCGGACAAGAACCUCAUCGAUUCCAUGGACCAGGCGGCAUUCGCUGGCUUUUCCUUCGUAAACCCCAGACUGGAAAACAUGAUAAGCAAAUGAAAAAAAAAACCAAAAUGGCUCCUGUGCGGACACUGUGUAAGCCCAGCACUUCGAAACAGGCUCUUAUCCUAUUCCCUUUAUCUUACCUAUAUGGUCUAAGUUCAUCUGGAGGGAUAACAAGAACAUAAAAACUUCAGUUCUUCUAUCAGAGGAUGAGAGAUAAAAAUGAAUCCAGGAUAUUUGCUGGUGUCUAAAGCAAUAAUCUUGUCUCAGCUGUCAAACUGUAUAGGUGUAAAAAAAAUAAUAUAAAGAACCAGGAAAUUAAGGGAGAUUCCUUUGAAACAAGGGUUACCAUAAUCAAUGUUGGGGGGAUAGUCAAUGAUGUGGUAUGUAUUUUCUUACUUUUGUCAUUUUUCCUUGUGAUGACACUUUAAAUCUGUACGAAUCAUCUAAUGUACUGUAUCUGGAAAUUAAAAUUCACAGGCAUGAGCAUGUCACUUCUAUUCAGUUAUGCAAGUAUUUACACCCGGCACUGCACAUGCAAGUCAAAAGAGUUCACAGUACAUGCGGUAUUCACUCCCACCCUGUGUGCUUUGCCUGCUGCAUGCCUCCUAUUACACCCCACCUGUUUGUGUGUUACCGCAUGCAUACAAAUUUGUGGGUGUGUGCAGGUAUCUUUAAGAUGCAAAUGGUGCUACUGUAGUCAGACACAGAGUCUGUUGUUGAAUGAGUCCUCAGUUGAUCCCUCUGGCAGACAUAGGUACCAUACAAAGAACUGCACUAUAAAGUUGGGGAAAAUUUAAAUCCCCCAAACUGAAGUCAUGUUAUUGCCUAAGUGAAUAGUUUCCUGCACUGUCUUGAGAUAUUGGACGUGCUCAGCACAUCCCAGAGUCUCACAUAACCUCAAAAGCGCUAAUCUGUUUUUUAAAUGAAGCACAGGAUUUCUACAUGGCAGUCUUCUGUGUGCCGUCCGUGUCAAAUUUCUUGCUGUAAAUCAAACUGAAGCAUAGUGCACACAAUCAUUCCAUACAUAUUAAUUUCCUGGGCUGUCGUCAGACUUAUUGGAAAGAGUUGCAGCAGCGGUAUGGUACUAUACCUGUACAUCUGUAUGUGUUGAAGGAUGUGUUGUUUGUGUGGGAGCGAUGGGCAUUUCACUGUUAAGCAUUGGGUCUUUGAAAUGUGUUAUAUUACUUGAAUGUAGGAAUUUUAACAUGAAAAUAAUAGCGCUGUAUAUGGAAAAUGAAUAUGUACAUUACAUGGACCUGCCUGUGAGUUAUGGGUGUACUUUUUUUACUCUCCUCAUCUUUUACAUCUGAUUAUAAAUAAAUACAUUUUAAACUCUUA